UCCAAGAUGGCGCCGGUGCUGGCGGAGAAGAAGCUGCUGGGGGCCGGACGGGGCCCGGCGGGGCCGAGCUGCCCGGCGAGGAGGACGAGGGGCAGAACCUCUGGUCCUCCAUCCUCAGCGAAGUCUCUACACGGUCCAGAUCUAAAUUGCCAUCGGGCAAGAAUAUUCUUGUUUUUGGUGAUGAUGGUUCAGGCAAAACCACACUUAUGGCUAAAAUACAGGGAGCAGAGCAUGGCAAGAAAGGAAGAGGACUGGAAUACUUGUAUCUGAAUAUUCAUGAUGAAGACAGAGAUGAUCACACUCGCUGCAACGUCUGGAUCCUGGAUGGAGACUUGUACCACAAAGGGCUGCUGAAGUUUGCAGUUUCUGCUGAAUCCCUGCAAGACACCAUCGUGGUGUUUGUUGCAGAUAUGUCUAGACCUUGGACUGUUAUGGAGUCUUUACAGAAAUGGGCCAGUGUCUUGCAAGAACACAUUGAUAAGAUGAAAAUUCCUCCAGAGGAGAUGAGGCACAUGGAGCAGAAGUGUAAGUCUUUAAGUCUUACACUAAGUGUAAGUGUGCAUCCAUACAUUGCUGCUGGUUUUUAA